AUGCCGCCUAUCCGAGGUGGACUCGGUGAGCGCCCGCGAGUGAUCUUGUACCACCAAACGCUCAUCCCAGGCGGGGGCCAGUAUGUCUCCAUGCUCCCACUCCUCGAAAACAACACCGGGAUAACCCAUGUUAUUAUCGGCGCUUUUCACCUAAACGCCGAACCAGAAGACAUUACUCUCAACAAUGACCCGCCAGGCAACGCAAUGUUUGACCCUCUAUGGGCCGAAAUGCCCCUCGUUCAGCGGCAGGGAGUGAAAGUGAUGGGCAUGCUAGGCGGGGCCGCUCCAGGCUCCUUCACGCGACUUGACGGGAGCCAAGUAGAAUUCGAGCGGUUUUAUUCUCCUCUUUUGGCUAUUAUUCGCCGCCAUGGACUUGAUGGGCUGGAUCUCGAUGUAGAAGAGCCCAUGUCUUUGCAAGGCAUCAUUCGACUCAUCGACCGUCUCAAGGCAGACCUUGGCGACGCAUUUAUCAUUACUCUGGCUCCUGUGGCAGCUGCACUACUUGGCAUUGGAAACUUAUCAGGGUUUGACUACCGUGAACUCGAGCAGGCUCGAGCUUCCAAGAUCAGCUGGUACAAUGCCCAGUUUUACAAUGGCUGGGGUCCUGCGGAGGAUCCACGAAUGUAUGCUGGUAUGGUCGCCCAAGGAUGGUCUCCACGACGAAUUGUGUAUGGUCUGUUGACAAACCCGGGUAAUGGAUCCCAGGGUUUUGUGUCCCAGGAGAAGAUUGGACCUGUUUUGGCAAUGUUGGUUGAGCAGUUUCCAAAUUUUGGCGGCGUUAUGGGCUGGGAGUAUUUCAAUGCUCUGCCUGGGGGCACAGAGAAACCUUGGCAAUGGGCUGCUCAAAUGACAUUAAGCAUGGGCAUGAAAGAUGUUGUUGCGGCAGCUCGCCAGAUAUUGUCGGCAGGGCCGAUGGCGAGUAGUCUCAAUAAUUUGUUUCAAGAUAUGCUAAAUCAGGGACGUCAAUGA